AUGAACUCGCGGACGCACUUGCGACUACAACUGAUGCGCGAGCAGUCCAUGUACGAACAGCAACAACAACAGAGACAACAGCAGCAGCAACAACAACAACAACAGAGUGGCGUCGUAUGCAAUGGAAACGGCUUGUUGAGGGUCAGGCGUAAUUCAUCGAAUUCAUCAAACUCGCCCAGUCCUUCGUCGUCCGGUGCCGAUGCAUCCUCCACGAUCGUCAUCCGGUCUUCGUCAACCGGCCGUCCGACGGUCCUCAACGGAAACGUCAGCGGUGGAAUAGGAGGAGGGGCAAGCGGCAGAAGUGGCGGUAGCGGUGGUGGUGGUCACUCGUCGUUGUCCCCCAUCGCCACGUCGCCGGUGAUCAUCUCGCAACCGAUCAGGUUCAGCGGAAACCGGCUCAUUCAUCUGCCACCGCAGAUCAUACACGUACGGUGCUUUUUACUUGUGUUGUUUGGCAUUUGA